GUUGACAGAGCAAACGUCUUCAAAACAAAAUGGACAAAUAACACCGAGUAAAGCACUACUACUGUCACAGUAGCUCACUUGUUUAUUUUCUUAAUUCGGUUAGAUCGGUAGAGAUCUGAUCGCAAAAUGAGUGAAGAUACCACAGAAAUGGGAAGUAAUUUUGAGCAUAUGGAGGAUGAGCCAGUUAACUUUCCGCAAACUAGUUCAGAUUUUCUGAGAAGUCUAGCCGAUGAAACUUCCAACGUGGAUCCAUGUGCGAUUAUCAUUGGAUCUCAGAUUAACUCAAACUCCGGGUUGCCUUCGCCUUCUCAGUUUAAUAUGUACCUUAUUAACUCCAUCCUUGGACCAGACAACGAACUUUUAUCUGUUUCUGACAGAGACGAGUUUGUAAAAAAUGUAUCGUCGGCUCAGUCUAAGCUGCUCAAUAGUGCGUGGAAAUUGUUAGGCGAUGAAGUUCUGGAUUCAUUGGAUGUUUACCUAAAGGGUCACUGCAACAAUAUUCACAAUUUUCUAGCAAAGGCGGUACAAAAUGGUCACACGGUUAUUUCAACUCAAUUCGACAACCUGAUUGAACGAGCGCACAAGAGCCUUUUCGGAAAGAAACCUCUAGUUCUACACAAAAUUGAACAGUUUAGAGCCCACGCACAAUCUGAAACAUCGCCUACAUUGCCCCAAGGUUGCAUCAUUAGACUUCAUGGAUGCAUAGACGAGGAAACUCUAUUCCCCCACGCCAGAUAUGACAGCAUCAAAAGGUACUUGUCUAGCAUCGAAACUGGUAUUCAUUCUCAGAAGAAAUCACUAAUGCAGCACAUUUUACAAAACGAGGACUUGGUUGUGAUUGGCUAUGACGGGUCCCAAGAUGAGUUUACGUUGGGUCCCCUAUUACAGCACACCAAGACAGAAAAAUUAGUGCAUUGGAUGUUCCACGAGGUUGAUUGUCUCAAUUCAGAAAACACAGAUCGGAGGUUUCUUGAGCACAGGCAGAGGCUUCUGUUUGAGUCUGUGCGAAAAGGAAUCAAGAUAACUGAAGUUAACAGAGGAAGAGAAACAUUCUUCAUGCAAAAUUUCCUUUUGGCCCAAGAAAAUUCAAUUCAGUGGAAAUCCGAUUUACAUCAAAUGAUUGCCCAAUUUGAAAACCAGACAAACUAUAUCAAGUAUUUCUACCAUGCUGGCCAGACAGUAUCGCGUAGUGUUCCUGAAUGGAAGAAAAUCUUAUUCGCAUUCCAUGUCAGCCUGCUUGCUGAAAAUAUUCCAAGAUGCAAAGAGAUUAUAUCAGAAACAAUACAUUUUGAAAAUCACGAAAUAAGUGAAUGUAAAGCUCGUGCCUUUCUACACCUGGGCAAACUCUGCAUAAAAGAUGGCCCAAAUUCCUCGACAGAGCUUCUAGAAACUGCUAAGGACAGUUUCGAGAAAUCAAGAUCAUUGUUCAUUUCACUUAAUAUUGUCUGCGGCAAAAACGAAUGCGCCGUUGAAAUCAUCAAAGUAAAAAUAUGUCAAAGAAAUUUCAAAACAGCGCUCGACGAUCUGGACGAGCUCGAAAAGUUGCUCGAAAAAUCGGACAAUUACGAUGGCAUCAAGCGCCAUUUGAUUCAAGUGUUUAUCGAGAAAGGUCUAAUCUACAGCAUGACAAGUGACCCAAAACUUCUAAAGAAGAACAAAUCACAAUCGCUGUUGAAAAGUGCGUUAUAUUAUUCCAGACGACUGGAAGACCAACUGAUGAUUUCAUUCAGUUUACAGGCAACCGCUGCAUCAAUUCUCGCUUCAUGCAAAACUAUGGAUUCAUUAAAUCAGAGCAAAACGUUACUGGAAGAAGCGAUUGCUAACUCGCAGUUCGGUGGCAGCGCAACCAUGCGGAUGAAUCAGUACAAAUUAUUGGCACAUACGCUUUCAGAACUAGCAAUGUUAACAGAGGAUCAGGCUAUGAUGGUAAUUAUAAUUACACUCCUUACAUCGAUAUAG